UAAACUUAUUAAAUAGAUCAUAAUGAGUAGGGCAAAUCCUUUCAAUAAAGAUCACAAGGCUAUCGAAGAGAAUGUAGCUGCUCGUUAUAAAUAUUUGAAUGAGCUGUGGAAUGAUGGAUCUUAUUUCCGAUACGCGUACGCGAUGUCGAAUUUUUUACUGGUUGAAACCCCAGCACAUAUGUUUUGGCCGCAUCAACAACGUCUUAUGAACAAUUGGCGUGCUAAGCAUGGAACACCUGUUAGAUAUCACGCUGAGUUCCCCAGAGUCAAACGAGCAGACCAAUGCGAGACGAAUGAUUUGCCAUGCCUAUAUGAAGCAAAUCAGCAGAUGCUCAGAGACAGAAUUGUAGAUGAAGAAAUUGUUCACGUCAUGAAAACCCGUUACGAUCGGUGCAUGGCUGAGACGGGACACGACUCUCGGUUGGAAAGGUGUGAGGAAUACAAGAGACGUGCAUACACUGCCAUGGACCUGUUCGACAUCAAGUACGGAGAUCUGUCAUUCAGUUCCAAUGCAAUCUCCGUUUUGCAGAAGCAGAAACACAGACUGAUGCGUGAGAGAGACGGCACCCAGGUGUAUCCUCCGUACACAAUUGAAAUCACGGGUGCAAUGUACGAAAAAGUGCACCCUUCGGAGUCCGUGAACAAAGAGUACCCCAUCAAUCCUUUCCCAUUGCCUAAAAACUUCACGUACAACGGAAAACUGAAAAAGACAGCUGGAACUGGAAGCACCUGAACGAAGAUGAGCAAUUAGUAAACAAGAAGAACUGACUAAACAUUUAGUCAUUGUCAGUGACGAAUUUAAAAAACUAUUGACAAUUUAAUGUACUUGUAAUGACUGAAUAGAUUAAAACAAUUCGGUGCA